UGGAAUUUUCACUGUGCGCACACUACUACAAAACAAUAUAGAAUAGUGCGCAAAUGCGCGAAUUGGGCCGUAUUUUUCAGCUUCCUAGCCUUGUUGGUUUGCAAAUUGCCUCUUCCAAUAUGGUGGGUGUUCUCUGCGCACGGGAAGUAGUUCCGGUGCAACAUACAUAACCUCGAACAUGGAGAAGCGCUGAUGGAAGUGUUUAUUCACGUGUGUGUUUUAUUUACUGAGUUAAGAAAAAAAGAAAUUCUUUGACUUGUUACGGGGUUUUGCCAUUAUAAGGCAUUUUGCUCAUCAUCCUGUGUGCCAGACUCUGUUGGUGAAUCAGCAUGUUCACAAUGUUCAGCAUGGCCGGCCCGGUGGCAGUGAGGCUGGCUUCUCUUCCAGUAUUGAUCUGUCGCCAUGCCAGUCGCAGUGCCAGGAGCUGGACGGCUUCUGCUACUCACAGUCAUUCCCUCUCAGGAAACAGAAGGACAGAGCAGCAGGACUUUUCAGAGGAUGACCUUGACAUGGAUGAAGUGGAAUCCAAACUGGAGGCUCUUGUGAAAGAGGAGAGGAAAAGAGAGAAGUCUGCCAAAUUUCACAAGAUCCGGCGGAAGCUGAGCAGCGCCGGAGCCCCGGAAAGAAGAUUAAGUUGGGAUGCCAUUCAGCAGAUCAGAUUUUCCACAGAUUUGGACCAAGACGGAUCAGGUGACCAUGAUGACGCGCAUUCAGCCAAAGCCCAAUUCAAUUCAUGUGCGUGGAACAUGAGUCCAACUAAAAGGUACCUAAAGCAGGAGUCACCACAGGAAUGGACGGUGCAGAGAUUAGCGGAGGGUUUCUCCGUUAACACUGAUGUCAUCUACAGAGUCCUUCACAGCAAGUUCACCCCACCUCCAGAGAGGAGGCUUAAACAGGAUGCCACAGUGUUAACCACAGUCAGACAGACCUUCCUCGAGAACGAUAAAACGAAUCAGUCACAAAAAGGCCAAUCACAACUGCCUUUACCCACCAGCAGUGUACCAGCCUUGAUUUCCUCUGGGAACACGAGCACACUCGUUGCCCUGACCAGUGGAGCUCUGACACCUACAGAGUGUGUGACAGGACUGGUUCCAACUGCUGCUAACGUUCCAUCCCCUUCAAUAAGGACAGCUCAGAUAUCAGCAGUGGCUCAGGGGACAUUACAGGAGCAGCCUGCUGUGAGGCAAGAGCCGACAGGUGUUAAAGAGAGAGGUGUAGAAGUGGAGGAGGAAGAGGAGUGGGAUGGAGUGGUUUUCACAGACGAAGGACUGGAGGAACUUAUCCACACACUCCAGGAAAAACCCAGCGCAGUAGAACAAAAGGGCAGGGAGUUUUACGACAGCGAUGGCAACUUCUUGUACAGGAUCUAAAUAAACUGUUUCUUGAAUUGAAUAUUAAAUGCACUGUCAGGGAACGUUUGAAAUAAUAAUUAAAUAUUAACCUCAAACGGUACAUGAACUUGUAUAUAAAAUGCAAAUGUAAGAAAUAGUUCUACAUUAUAAAAUGAAUGUCAUGUCAGAGGAAUAGAAAAAGAAAUGGGGUGGAGUCUAUUUAUUUCAGAUAUACAGAGCAAAAAUGGCCAAUACAAAGGUAUUGCAGUUUUAUAUUUACAAAGCCAGCUUCAUGGUAUUUACAUUGAUUAUCAAAGGCAAGAAAAGUAUUACAACCCAGAAAGCAAAACAUUUUUACUUCAAGUAGGAAACCCAUGUAGUCUUUGUGCUGCUGCCGUCCUCUCAAGUUUUAACCCCGAACGCCACCCGAGUGCGAUGUGACCUAUUUGCUAAGAUAGCAUGCAUAGAAGUACAUGUUUAAAAUGAAAUCUAAAACACAACAGAGAAAAGGAAAA